UAAGCUCUCUGUUCUAAUUAAAUUAGAACAUUGUCAGAUAUUAAGUUUUAUGUGAGUGAGAUACCACAUCCAAGAAGCCCUGGAACCCCAUUUUGACACUGAAUGCGUUUACUGAGCUUUGAGUAGUCCCUUUGCAUGUAACGACCUCCAGUGGUGAGCCAAGAAAAAGCAAAAUAUUUCUGAUGUCAGCUUAAAUGUGAUUCAGUGAACACGUCAGGACAUUCCACCAAGAGGAAAGUUAAGCUGCUGAAACGGGUGAUUAUAUAAGAAUAUGGCAUCCAGAAGACAUUCUGGGACUCAGCAAACAUCAUCUGGUACCCUCCACAUGAAUAUAUCUCACAGACAAAUGCAGAAACAAAGCAAGGAGAGAAAUCACUACUGCUUGGAAUGUGGACAGAGUUUUGCUGCACAGAGUCAUCUCAAGAUACACCAGCGCAUCCACACAGGAGAGAAACCAUAUCACUGCUCAGAGUGUGGACAGAGCUUUACUCAACAGAAUAAUCUCCAAAACCACCAGCGCAUUCACACAGGAGAGAAACCGUAUCACUGCUCAGAGUGUGGACAGAGUUUUACUCAACAGAGUAAUCUGAAAUCACACCAGCGCAUUCACACAGGAGAGAAGCCGUAUCACUGCUCAGACUGUGGACAGAGUUUUACUCAGCAGAAUACUCUCAAAAUACACCAGCGCAUCCACACAGGAGAGAAGCCGUAUUACUGCUCAGAGUGUGGACAGAGUUUUUCUCAACAGAGUAAUCUCAAAAGACACCAGCGCAUUCACACAGGAGAGAAACCGUAUCAAUGCUCAGAGUAUGGACAGAGUUUUACUCAACAGAGUAAUCUCCAGAACCACCAGCGCAUCCACACGGGAGAGAAGCUGUAUCACUGCUCAGACUGUGGACAGCGUUUUACUCAACAGAGUACUCUCAAAAUACACCAGCGCACUCACACAGGAGAGAAGCCGUAUUACUGCUCAGAGUGUGGACAGAGUUUUUCUCAACGGAGUAAUCUCAGAAGACACCAGCGCAUUCACACAGGAGAGAAACCGUAUCACUGCUCAGAGUGUGGGAAGUGUUUUAGAAAACGGAGUCAUCUCAAAACACACCAGCGCAUCCACACAGGAGAGAAGCCGUAUUACUGCUCAGAGUGUGGACAGAGUUUUACUCAACAGAGUGCUCUCAAAAAGCACCAGCGCAUCCACACAGGAGAGAAACCUUAUUACUGCUCAGAGUGUGGGAAGAGUUUUACUGUACAGAGUCAUCUCAAAACACACCAGCGCAUCCACACUGGAGAGAAGCCGUAUUACUGCUCAGAGUGUGGGAAGAGUUUUACUGAACAGGGUCAUCUCAAAAACCAUCAGCGCAUCCACACUGGAGAGAAGCCAUAUCACUGCUCAGAGUGUGGGAAGAGUUUUACUAAACAGAGUUCUCUCAAAAGCCAUCAGCGCAUCCACACAGGAGAGAAACCUUAUUACUGCUCAGAGUGUGGGAAGAGUUUUACUGUACAGAGUAACCUCAAAACACACCAGCGCAUCCACACUGGAGAGAAGCCGUAUUCCUGCUCAGAGUGUGGGAAGAGUUUUACUAAACAGAGUACUCUCCAAAACCACCUGCGCAUCCACACAGGAGAGAAACCAUAUUACUGCUCAGAGUGUGGGAAGAGUUUUACUAAACAGAGUACUCUCCAGAACCACCUGCGCAUCCACACAGGAGAGAAACCAUAUUACUGCUCAGAGUGUGGGAGGAGUUUUACUCAACAGAGUAAUCUCCAAAAACACAAGUGCACUAAGAGCUGUGGUGGAAAUCAGCAGUAAUGAGUAAGCUUAACACAUUCCAGGUGAGAAAGUCUACAGGAACCUAGGCCAGAUUCUAGGCCAGAUUUCAGUCUGUCUUUUGGGGAAAACCACAUUUUGUUUUACACCGUUUCUAAAACAUAAGCAUUAAAUGGAAUGUAAUUUCCUCUACUGACCACCAAGUCAAACCUAAAGCUCAUUCACCCAACGAGAAGGUGUGGUAUUGCAUAUUCUCAAAAUGUCCACACUGCUCAUGCUGUUAAUACCUAUCAAGAGCCUUUACAUUCAAUAAUAAUUUAGAAGAUAUAAGCUAGUACAGUGUUUCUGAUGCAAUGGUGGAUGUAACAACAAGCAUUUGCCUUGGCAAAUGCUUGGCUCUUUAUCAUCUUUAUCAUCUUUACCUUCAUAUACCUAAAAGAGCGAGAAUGAUAUAGACACUCACUGGCCAUUUUAUUAGGUAAAUAAAGUAAAAGGUUGGACCCCCUUUUGCCUUCAGAACUGCCUGAAUUCUUCAUGGCAUACUUUCAACAAUGUGUUGGAAACAUUCCUCAGA